UUUAGAUCCUGUGAGCGCUCCUGUCCUCCCCAGCUGCGGAAGAAGUGACGUCACUCUGGAGGCUGGACCAACAUGGCGGCAGUUAUGAGGCUUGUCAACAGAAGCACUUUAAGUUCUUCAAUGGGUCAGCAGUAUCUGGCGUUUAGCUCCGCAUCAAAGGCUGGUGUAAGAGGGGGCCAAAGACUUCCAGAAAAGGUGAAGAUAGUGGAGGUGGGACCCAGAGAUGGCCUUCAGAAUGAAAAGACUGUAGUGCCGACAGAGACAAAAAUUCAUCUGAUUGACAUGUUGUCUGCAUCUGGGCUGCCAGUCAUCGAGGCCACCAGCUUUGUAUCUCCAAAAUGGGUUCCCCAGAUGGCGGACCAGGUGGAGGUGAUGAAGGGGAUCUCUAGGAGACCUGGAGUGUCUUACCCUGUCCUCGCCCCCAACCUCAAGGGUUUCCAGGCUGCUGUGAAGGCAGGAGCCUCAGAGGUAGCCAUAUUUGGUGCUGCAUCGGAGCUGUUCAGUAAAAAGAACAUAAACUGCUCAGUGGAUGAGAGUUUACAGCGCUUCGACGAGGUUGUGAAGGCAGCCAAAGAGGCUGGUGUGCUAGUUAGGGGUUAUGUGUCAUGUGUUCUUGGAUGUCCUUAUGAAGGUAAAGUGGCACCUGAAAAAGUUGCACAUGUAGCUAAGCGUCUGUACUCCAUGGGCUGCUAUGAGAUCUCCCUCGGUGACACUAUUGGAGUGGGGACUCCAGGUAGCAUGAGUGAAAUGCUGGAGGCGGUGAGCAGGGAGGUGCCAGUCAGUGCCUUGGCAGUGCACUGCCACGAUACCUACGGCCAGGCCCUGGCUAACAUCCUUGUUGCCUUACAGAUGGGAAUCAGUGUGGUAGACUCGUCAGUAGCCGGACUGGGCGGCUGUCCCUAUGCCCAGGGGGCUUCUGGGAAUGUUGCUACUGAAGAUGUAGUCUAUAUGCUGCACGGACUUGGGAUUCAGACAGGAGUGGACCUCUCAAGGCUGAUGGAUGCUGGCGCUUUCAUCUGUCGAGCCCUCAACAGAAAGACCAACUCCAAAGUGGCACAGGCCACUUGCAAACUGUAGACAGAAGUCUAACUAUGGGCUCUGUUACAGACUAUACACUACAUAAUCAAGUAAAAUGGAAUCGCCAUCUUCUGUGUGUUCUGUUCACCCCAUUUCAAUUUUGGUUUGAUUCAUCCUCUGGUGAUAUGAGAAUAUUGCUUAAAGAUUUGGACAGGGCAGACCCCUCCUUUUGUUUCAGAGGAAAAUCUCUGAUUAGAUCCUUGCUACAUGAUAGCAUAGCUGGAACGGUGCCUUAUGUAAAGUCAGUCUAAUCAUUCAGAUCCUACUGAUCAAAAGCCAUGCCUUCACCUGUUUCUUUAAUAGCGUGCUUACAUUACUUUCUGGACAGUGGUUACACCAACAUGAAGCACAGACUUUGUCUAGAAUAAUAAAUUAACCAGUAAAAAUGUCCUAGGGAAUGAUAAACUCACUGUUGAUGUCAAGCACAGGCAGAAGUGUUGUUUUGACUUCUAUCGUCUGAUGUAUGCAGUGAUCACUGUCUUCAAAUGAAUUACGUAUAGGGAGCAUCUAUGGAAAAUCAGUCUUCAUGAACUUGGGCAUUGUACUGGCUUGGGGAAAAUGUUGAUGUGCUGUAUUCCACUGAUUUUAAAAUAGAUUUUUAAAUUUAAAGUUUUAGUUGUACUAUAUGUUUAAGUAUUUAUUUUUAAAUGCUUGUCUUCAGAUUUAACUUGUAUGUACCCAAAAAGACUGUAAAGUUUUAAAAUAAACAUUAUUUCUUCAAUAACA